AUGAGUCAGAUAAUUUACAUACUAGCAAUGUUAUUUUUUAUUUGCAUUGUAGUUGUUAAUAGCAAAUAUGACAAUAAUAAAGAUGAAGAUUAUGAAAGUAAUGUGAACUCUUCAGUAGAGUCAGGCAGCGUUGAAUUAUUUAAUGUAAGCUCAAAAGGAAAAACGAAGAAAGGCAAAGUGUCAUCUCAUCUUGGAGCCAAGAAUAAAACCACAGGCAUCUGCGGUAACAAGAACAAAGACUGUCCAAAUGGCGUUGAAAAUAAAGAAGUAAAAACGCCCAACGUUAGAAGUAAACCGCACAGAUAUCCUUUUUCUGUGUCAAUACAGCGGAAGGGUACCCACUACGCUUCCGGGGCAUUAAUUGAUAAAAAAUGGGUUCUUACUGUGGCUGAAGAGUUUUACAACGUGAGGGAAUCAAUAAAAUUCUUCAGAGUACGACUGGGUACAGUGAAUUGUAAAAAGGGCGGUUCUUUGGUACCAAUCAAAGGUGUGGAAAUACAUCCAUUAUACGAAUAUAAGAGGCCAAGCUUCGACGUUUCUUUGUUACGACUGGCGACGCCGGUAGAAUUUUCGGAGUUUCUGAAACCUAUACCUUUGUCCAAGAUCAAUGGAAAGGUGCUGAGCGCCAAGUUCUUAUCGACGUAUUGGCCAAGAUUGAUCGUCAGAGGACAAGUGUUGCCAUCAUCAGCACAAGAACGCGUUAAGCCAAACAGCAUGAGGGUGUCCACACAGAAGAUGAUACCCUGGGACUGGUGUCACAGCGUCAUGACAACGCUCAACCACACAUUGGACGAGUCCAGUUUGUGCUUAGACCCGAUCAUGUCGCACCACAGUCCCUGUCUCCCGGAUGCUGGAGCACCGGUAACAGCUGACGAUGGCUUAUGGGGCAUCACGUCGGGCUGGACGUCAGAACACUGCCUCUCACAACCGAGCCCGACUCUCUUCACUCGCAUCUCCUCGCCACUCCUGCAUUCCUGGUUGGAUUCGAUGAUGACUGAUCAUUGA